UGUCAAAUUGGCGAUCAUCUGACGUCUAACUUUACUAUUACCGAGGUUGGCAGCUUUGUGACGCCAGUCGGUCAGAAUCUGGUGGACUAUGAAACCAGGGUGACAAGUUGAUAGCAGUAGCAAAGGAAUACUAGGAAAUAGCAGGAAGUCUAUCAGGAAUUCAGGUGCAUUGAAAUGCUUUCAAAAUGUUCCACGAGUAUGAAAAUCGUCACGCUCGUGUUGGUAAUGAUUACUGUGCUAUUGAACUUUGUUGUUUACGACUAUAUAAAUGCUGUAAUCAUUGCCAACCAGAAUACAACAGGUAUCCUAAGUCAAUCAUUUCCAUCGAGCGUUAAACGUUAUUUAGCUAAUUCUGUUGGAACAAAUGAUUCACUAUUAAGAACAACAGCGACGGAAGUAUCAACAACUUCAACACCAUCGACACGAAAAUCAGUCCAAGAAAACGACCCUAUAUUUGUGAUAAACAAUCACAGAUUUAUAUAUAAAAUAGUCCCAAAAGUGAAUUGCUCAGACUCUAAACUUGUAGUCUGUGUUGAGAUCAGUAGAGCCAAUAACAAGACAAGGCAGACUAUAAGACAGACCUGGGGAAGCUAUGCUAACGUCAGCAGCAACAAUGCAACCUUGAUUUUCUUUCUUGGUUCUGAACAUCCAUCAACUAACGGUUCUCAAUCUGUGCAACAUUUUAUUAAUAAAGAAGCUGAGCUUUACGGAGACAUAUUGCAGGAAGAUUAUGUAGACGAUUAUAAGAACCUUAGUCUUAAAUCUGUUUCAAUUCUCAAAUGGGUCAGUUUGAAAUGUCCAGAAAGUCAAUUUCUUCUAAAAGUGGACGAUGAUAUGUACAUCAAUGUCCCAUUGCUGGUGCAGACAUUAGAUGACAUUAUCAAGUCUAAAGGGAAAUAUCAUCCGUUUAUCGUUGGGUACUCGGUUCAGGGUAGUGGUCCAAUUAGAGACCCCAACUCUAAAUGGUAUGCGCCACUUAGUGCUUACAAAGGAAACUUAUAUCCCAGAUACGCUUCCGGUGUCUCCUACGCCAUGACUACUUCCGCUGCCAAACUGCUCUACAAUGCAUCUCUUCAAGUUCCUGUGUUUUCAUUGGAGGAUGUCUACGUCACUGGAAUCCUUGCGGAUAAAACCAAGGUUGAGGUCAUUCACAAUGCUUUAAUUAACAUUGGUAAUCACGAAGUGUCAGGAUGCAACUUCAGGAACAAAAUCUCAGGUCACCAUUAUUCAGCCAGUGAUAUGGAGCGAAUUCACAAGGAGCUAUAUAACACUACAAUUAAAUGUAACUAGAUCUACAUUGCAGGAAAAACAUAAAAUAUAUGUCACUUAGACAUAGACAAAAAUGUACAAACUAAAUGUAAUUCCUUUGGAAUACUAACAUUGUGAAGGGAAUUAUUGUGAAGAACUUGUAUGAAGAUACUGAUGUGUAUGUAUGUGUAUGUGUAGGCGUAAAAAUUUAAUUAGUUUAAACUCGUCAUGCAUCGCUAGGGGUGAUUUCAUUAAAAAUUUAGUUUUGGUGUCGUUAGGGCUAGGAGUUUCUAACGACACUAUAGACAAGCGUGCAUUUAUAAUGACUGUUAUAACAGGAAUACAUCCGCGGGAAUGUUUGUUUGUUUUACUUGUUUCGGAUGUUCCUUCAGAGUUGAAGAUAAUUACUUCCUAGUCCAAACCUCCCGCAGGACGACGGGGGAUGGGAGCUGGAAGGGUUUGAACCCGGGACCAUCGAUAAAUCUGAACGACAGUCCAGCGUGCAAACCGCACGACCAGGCAGCCAUC